AAACAUGGAGGAUUCGUCUGCUUGGAUUCUGAUGCAUGGUCAAUAGUUUCGCUGUUGUAUAAUGGAGUAUUUAUUAUUUUUCUGAAAUAUAAGAAAUAGUUUCGGCAAUUUUAUAAUACGCUAUGGCGCCGGUUGUAACUACUGUAAAUAAGCAGAGAACCGGCGAGAAAAAGUCAGAUUUGGUAUGCAGAGUGAAGUACUGCAAUACACUCCCAGAUAUUCCAUUUGACCCAAAAUUUAUCACUUAUCCAUUUUCAUCAAAUAGAUAUGUAGAAUACAAACCUACCUCUCUGGAACGUAAUUAUAAACAUGAUCUACUUACUGAGCAUGAUCUUGGUGUAACAAUUGAUCUAAUCAAUCCUCAGACAUAUGCUGUUGAUCCAACAGCUACUCUUCAUGCAGAUGAUGAAAGACUCUUAGAGGAAGAUACAUUAACACCUCAAGAUUCUAAAAGGUCUCGGCAUCAUAAUAAGGCUGUUCCAUGGUUGAAAAAGACAGAGUACAUUUCCAAUGAGUUCAACAGAUAUGGUCACAGCAGUGAAAAGACAGAAACAAAAGUUGGUUACAAUGUUAAGAAACUGUUUAAAGAAGAAAAUCUGUAUAUGGACCGAGAAAGUCAAAUCAAUGCCAUCAAUAAAACUUUCUCUGAUGCCAAAAUUCCAAUUGAACAUCAUUACAGCAAACCAAAUGUAUAUGCUGUUGAAGAAUUGCCUGUAUUUCCUGACUUUGAGUUAUGGCGAUAUCCCUUUGCUCAAGUCAUAUUUGAUGCUGAACCAGUUGCUGGCAAUAGAACAGAAGAAAUGUCCCAAGCUAUGAUUAGGGGUGUAGUGGAUGAUUCUGGCGAACAGUUUGUUGCUUACUUCUUACCAACUGAAGACACAUUGAAAAAAAGGAAGCGUGAUGCUGAAAAUGGAGUAGAAUAUGAUGAUGAGGACAAUUAUGAAUAUAAAAUGGCUAGAGAAUAUAACUGGAAUGUUAAAAAUAAGGCUUCUAAAGGUUAUGAAGAAAAUUAUUUCUUUGUUUGCCGAGAUGGAAAUAUAUACUAUAAUGAAUUGGAAACUAGGGUACGUUUGAGCAAGAGAAGACUAAAGCCUGGAGCUCAGCCUAAUUCUAAUUCAAAGCUUAUUGUAAGACAUCGACCUUUAGAUGAAUCUGAAUAUAAAACACAAAUGGCUCGCAUGACGAACUUGGAUCCACCUCCUGAAGAGGAAGAAGAGGAGGAGGAAGAAGUCCAAGAAGUUGAAGAGAAUGCUGAAGAAGAGAAAGAUAAUGAAGAAGGAGAAGAAGAAAAUGAGGAAGCUGAGGAAAAAGAUGGCUCAGCUUCAAGCGAGAGUGAAGCAGAAGAAAAGAAGGAUGAGAAAAUGGAAGAAGAUGGAUCAGAUGCAGAGGAAGGAGAGAAGGAAACAGCUCGACCUGCAUCUUCAGCCAGUUCUAAGUCCUCAUCUUCAUCCUCGUCAUCUUCAUCAUCCUCAUCAUCAUCCAGUGAAAGUGAGGGUGAGGAAGCAGAAGCACAGAAUAAGAGAGAUGAAGAGGAGAUUUUUGGAAGCGAUAGUGAUUAAAAUGUACAGUAGGAACUUGUAAAUAUUUUUAUUCAAUGUAAUAAACAAUGUCUUUGAAUUUUUAAAAA